GCUCGGCCCGGCCCGGCCCCUCGAUGGCAGCCAUGUCCCCCCAGCAGGGCGCUGUCGGGGGGCCGGCGGGCCGCUCCUCCUCCCUGUCGGCGGAGCCGCGGCCGUUCGGAGCCCCCGGCGGCAAGAAGAAAAUGAAAACAUUGGCAGAAAGGAGGAAGAGCGCUCCGUCUCUCAUUAUUGACAGAUGCCUGCAGAAACGUUCGAGCAACGUCGAGAAUUCGCCCACGAGUGUGGAGACUAGCACGUUCGUGACGUCGUUAAUGUGCUCCACUAGAAAUCUGCUGCUCGAGGGCCGGGUCCAGCUUAAGAGAGGUCUCCAACAUCAGGAUCGCCAUAUUUUCUUAUUCAACGACAUUCUAGUUGUGGCCAAAGUCAAGAAUACUCAUUUCAAGACGAAAAACAACGUCAAAUUAAGCUACCUGUGGACAUCCAGCUGCGUGGAGGAAGUGGGUGAGGGCAAUACCAACACCCUGACUUCUUUUGUCCUGGGAUGGCCCACCAUCAACUAUGUGGCCACAUUCAGCACUCAUGAACAGAAGGAGAAGUGGCUGUGUCUUCUUCAAAGAAACAUCAGCCUGGAGAAACAGAAGGAUCUCCCUAAGACGAUCCCGCUCAAGAUCGUGGUCAAAGAUAUGGGGAACUGUGCCUGUUCCAAGACAAUAACCAUAACUAACACAGACACAGCAAAUGAGGUUAUUGCAAUGGCCUUGCAGCUGCUGGGGAUAAAUGGCUCUGAGAAAGACUACCAAUUGUGGGUCAAUUCUGGAAAAGAAGAAGCUCCUUAUCCCCUCAUUGGGCACGAGUCUCCCUAUGGGAUUAAAAUGAGCCACGUCCGAGAUGCCGUACUCCUGAUCCAGGGAUCAAAGGACUCUGCCUCGUCUUUGGACCUCCAGGAGGAGUCUUUCCUCACGGAGCAGCUGUCCCGAGAUCUGCAGUGCCAGUUUACCCUGAAGCCCAGCCGCCCAGCUCUGAGCCAACCCUUGACCGGUCCAGGCCGGAAGCCGUCAUUUAGAAGGAGAAGGUCAGUCAUCAAUUGGGCCUUCUGGCGGGACCCCCAGAUGGACAACAUGCCGGGGUCUCCAACGGAUCCUGGACCCGGGAAGCUUUUUGGAGUUUCUCUGGCAGAUAUCUGUGAGAACGACAACCUGCCCAAACCAGUCUUGGAAAUGCUUUCCUCUCUUCACGAGAAAGGGCCCCUCACCAAGGGCAUUUUCAGGCAAUCAGCUAACGCCAAAUCCUGCAGAGAACUGAAGGAGAAGCUGAAUUCAGGAGCCGAAGUGCAAUUGGACUGUGAAUCCGUGUUCGUAACAGCCUCUGUCUUAAAGGAUUUUCUUCGAAACAUUCCCGGAAGUAUCUUCUCGUCGGAUCUCUUUGACAAGUGGAUCUGUGUGAUGGAUCAAGGGAACGAUGAAGAGAAGAUCGUCAGGGUGCAGAGGCUAAUAGAGCACCUCCCCAGAGCGAACGUCGUUCUGCUGCGGUACCUGUUCGGGCUUUUGCACAGCAUCAAGCUGCAGUCGGCCUCUAACCAGAUGACGGCGUUCAAUCUGGCGGUGUGUAUCGCUCCCAGCAUCCUCUGGCCUCCCGCCUCUUCCGGCCCCGAGCUAGAGAACGAAUGCACUAAAAAGGUUUCUCUUCUUGUAGAGUUUCUGAUUGAAAACUGCUGCCGGAUAUUUGGGGAAGAAAUCACUUCUCUCUUUGAAGACAUUUCCCUCAAGUGUGACAACAGAGAGGAUGGCCCAGGUAUCGCCUGCUUUCAGCUGAACGACUCGUCGUACGACAGUUUGGAGAACGAACUGAACGACGAGUCAGACGCUCCCUUUAACAACCAGGGGAAGAAACUGGGCCAGAACAGGAGCGUCGACUCCGUCCUGACGCUGAGCGACUGUGACCUGGAGCCGCCUAAAGACGAAGAGGUGCAGAGGAGGCGUCCGCCGCCCUCCAAGCCGGUGUCCAUCUCCGUCUGGUUCCACAGAAACCCCGCCGCGCAGGACCCUGCCGAGCACAGACUCCUCGGCUCAAGCCCGGCCCAACUCUCGCCGGCCGCCCCGGCGGACGCCGUGAAGAGCUUGAGAGGUCACAGGCGCUGCUCGGAGCCCACCAUAGACUACGUGGACCCCAAGCUCACCUGUCUCCGGGAGGGGUGUCAGAAGAAAUCGCGCAAGGCCAGCUGUGACUCCGUCCUCUCCCACGGCGGCGAGGGUUAUCUCGGGCAGCUUCGUUCUCUGCAAGAGGAGGGUCGGAGACUUAUCGGUCAGAGUCGGGUGAUGGGGUUCGACGUGAAUAAGAACAGAACGGCCCACCGCAGCGCUGACGGGAAAGACUCGCCCCACCUCGAAGACCUCCGGCCGAGACGGGCUCCCAAGUCGAAGCCCAUGUCCAUCUCCGUGUCGUUCCACCGGGAGCCUCCGUCGCGAGAUCGGCCCUUACGGGUCGAGGGACGGAAACCCACCCGUCCCGGUUUGGUCCCGGGAGUCGAGGUGGGGAAGGGGGACCCGCCCCAGCAGGGCGUCGAGAAGGAGUUUCUCCCCUCUUCGCCGAGGUUCAGCGUUGGCCCGAGGGCCAGCUGUUCUAGUUUCUCCUCCCCCGGAACCUCCCCGUCCGGCUCAUCGGUGAGCUCUCAGGACAGCGCUUUUUCCCAGAUUUCCGAGCACUCGGCCUUCACUCCCACCGACGCCUCCUCGCCCGUGGAUUGCACUUUUCAGACUCCAAGGAGAGAGGGAGGGCUUCCGCCCGACCUCGGCGGCCCGCACGCCUUCUCCGGACUCGUCGCUUCCUCCCCGCCCCGGGCCGGCGGCCACCCGGUCGGCGCGAGGAAGGGGGACGUGGAGUGGCCGGCCCCGACUCACUCCGUGACGCUGCACCCCAGCACGUGGCUGAGAAGCGGAGUGGCUACUCUGAAAAGCUGGUCCUUCAAAAAGAAGGAAAGGGUCUCUCGGCAGAAGAGCGGAAGCUCCGCGGAAAGGACUCUCGAGCCCCCGCCGGGAUCUGCCGCCGAGGACCCGCCGGGGUCGUUGGUCCCGAAGACGGCCGGGGGGACCGGGCCCAAGGGAGAGGCCCGGGAACGGACUCCGGCUUCCCGCCGGGACCCGGGGAGGGGCCGGACCUCCCCGUUCGGCCCCGGGGAGGACGGGCUAAAAUCCGCAGGACUCUCUACCGAGGCGGGUCGGGGAGCCGAGGAUUUUGACCCGACCCCCCCGUCCGGUCAGCCCCCCGAGAGACCCCAGCCCAGAGUGGAUCAGGCGCUCCGCCCAGAUCCAAGCACCGAACGUUUGGGGCCGGGAAUCAUUUCGUAGUGGCGGACACGGACGUUCAGCCAAAAUUGGGUCCGGGCGGUCCCGGCAUCAGCACGGGAACAUAAGCAGGCUGGGUAGCUUCAAGACAGUGGCCGCCUGCGUUAGUAGGCCCUGAGCUAGGUAGGCGGGUAGGUGUCGAUCUGCCCAUUUUCGGAUUUUCUUUACGACGGAGCGUUCGAUACCCUGAGUAAGCCGGCGGGGCAAUGGCUGCCCGCGGUAGUUCUUCUGAGACACUUCUCUGAGGGAUUUCACUUUUUCCAACUCCGGGGGAACAACUCUCUCCUCGCUAAAGAAAACCAACUGCGUCUGAACUUAAAUGCUACCCUUUCCCAGAGCUCGGCCCCUCGCCGCCUCGGUUGCCAAUUAACGCUCGCUCUUCAGAAUUCGCAAAGUUCUGCCAAGAGCCGAAAAGCCUGGUUCUUCAACGAGCCCAGUGGCCUGGUUCUUCGGCACGGGCAAUCUCGUUUGCAUGUUUGAUGUAGCUUUCCCCCACCUUAAGCGUUCCCGUAUUAAAGCCCGAUAAGAACGGUG